CUCGUUGCGCUGCCAGUUACUUCUGAUCGCAGACCCCAACGAUUAUUUUUUUUUUCACAAAGAAAAGUAGAGCUUAAUGAUCUCCACUGUACUAGACAAUGAAUUCUGUCCAUAAGGUUGGUUUAGGGAUAUAAUAAUACAGUAUGAUCCACGUUUUAUUAGGUGGAGAAUAGUGCCCGGACCACUAAGUGCAUAUUGUUCCACCAUCUUAUAUACUAUCAGUUCUUCUCCAAAAUGCGAUGUGAUCGACCUCCUAUAUAAAUGUAUAUGUGCUAAUACAAGUUCUUCACUAAUUCUCUUAUUUUCCCAUUCCAUUUGUAAAACAACUAAUUAGUCCUUCUGUGGAUGUGUAUAGAAAUUACAGCGAGUGAUGAUUUCAAUCUUAGUCUUUUGUCUGUACCUCUCAAGAUUUAGUGGGCUUCAUGGGUUAAGUAUGAAUUAUUAUGGAACGAGGGGCCCAAUGGUGGAAAUGAUGGUGAGGAAUACAGUCAAUAGAGCUUUAGAUUCUGAUCCAUCUCUUGCAGCUGGUCUUCUCAGAAUGCACUUCCAUGACUGCUUCGUAGAGGGUUGUGAUGCAUCGAUUCUGCUUAACUCAACAAAAGAUAACACAGCUGAAACAGACUCUCCCUCAAAUUUGAGCCUGCUUGGCUAUGAAAUCAUUGACGCCGCCAAGGAUCUAAUCGAAGGUCACUGCCCUGGAAUUGUCUCGUGUGCGGAUAUUGUUGCUAUGGCUGCUAGAGAUGCAGUCCUCUGGGCUGGGGGUCCUUUGUUUGACAUACCUAAAGGAAGGAAAGAUGGACGAAGGUCAAAGAUAGAAGACACAAGAAAUCUCCCUGCCCCAGUCUUGAAUAGCUCAGAGCUCAUUAGCAUUUUCUCCAAGCAUGGAUUAAGUAUUAAGGACAUGGUUUCUUUAUCAGGUGCACAUACACUGGGUAUUGCACGAUGUUCUUCAUUCAAGAAACGGUUAAAAGAAUUCAACUCAUCUCAUGAAGUUGAUCCCACUCUUGAUUCAAGUUUUGCAAGUAAGUUGUCAAAAACAUGCAACACAGGUGACGAUACAGAGGUGCCUUUUCACGAAACAAGAAACUCUUUCGACAAUUCUUAUUUCACUGGCUUAAGAAGGAAUACUGGUAUUUUAAGCACAGAUCAAAUCUUGUAUACAAGUCCAAGGACAAGAAGUAUUGUAAAUGCUUAUGCUAUGAACAACACUAGGUUUUUCUCCGAUUUCCAGCAAGCCAUGGUGAAGAUGGGUCUUAUGGAUGUUAAAGAAGGUUCCGAAGGAGAAGUGCGUCAAAAUUGUCAACGAAUUAAUUGAUGAUGAUGCAUAAAAUCUUAUUUUAUUAAGCCAGAGAAUGAAAUGCAAUUUAUUUUAGUUAUAUAAGCUUAAGUUCAAAGAAUUUUGCUUUGUGUAAUUUUUUUGAAUUAAAUUCGUUUAAGGACGAAAAUUAAA